CACCUCGCGUGGUUAAAAUUCUGCAAUCUCUGCGACUCUCCCCCAAACACCCAAAAGGCUCUCACUCUGCUUUUUUCACGCAACAAGCUAAAGGGAAAGUAGAAAUCGGUGGGAUGGAAUCAAUCAAAGAAGAGCAAUCACUAAACUAAAAUCAAAGCAGAAUGUAUCCAAUUAAGACCCGUCUCUGCAUUCUGCCUCUUCCACCAUCCAACACACAUCACUCUUUUUUUUAUCUUGUUCAAAGUUAGAAGGCAUCUCCUCGGACCUCAGCUUUUAGCAUUAAAAUUAAGGUUCUGAAACUGGUUAUGAUGGAAUCAAUCGAAGAAGAGCAUUCACUCAACUAAAAUCAAAGCAGAAUCCAAGACUACCAUCUUCUGCACUUUCCCUUUUCCACCAUCCAAACUCAUCAGUCUUCUUUUCUAUCUUUAAUUAUGUGUGUUGGAUGAUGAAUAAGAAAGCAUCCAAUUAUGCUCUGUAAUCUAGUCUUUUUUGGUGGAAUCAACAAACAAAAAGCAAUCACCUAACUUCUUCUCGUUUCUCUCCCUUUUCUACCAAAACCAGAGCUCCCUAGACCCAUCCAUUGAUUGCUCUGUCAUGAUUCUUGUUUUCUAGUUUCAAGGCUCCUCCACUGCAUGCUAGCUUUCCACAUUCAACAUUCGAGAGGAAAUCCAAAGCCAAAGUGUUUCUGGUGCUGAAACCGGAUGGAAUAAACCAAAACAAAGAAGAGCCGCCAUCACUAAAAUCAAAGCUCAAUCUAAGACCCAUCUCUUCAUUUUCCCUCUUCCACUCCAGAUUCAUCAAAAGAACACUGUUUGUUCCAUUUAAGUCCAACGAUGGAAGUUGGGGCCGCUCUCGCAUCAAUAACAUUCGAGUUGUUGCUCUCGAAGUUGAAUUCUUCUGUAAGUGAAUGGGUGAAGUUACCAGAGAAAAUUCGUUUCGAGAUGCAGAACUGGCGUAGUCUGUUGCCAAAAAUCGGUGCUCUACUUGAAGAUGCCGAAGAGAAGCAAGAAACAGACCGCGUGGUGAAGUUAUGGCUUGCUGAUUUCAGGGAUUUGGCAUAUGAUAUGGAGGACAUGCUUGAAGAGGUUGAGAUUGAUGCCAAGAGGUCUGAGCUGAUUGCAAAAGCCAAAGCCAGCACCAGUAAGCCACAGAAACUGACAUGUCCCAAAUUGUUUAAUAAGGUUCCAAGAUUCAUGGCUGAUCGAGAUCGAGAGAUGGCUGCCAGGGUGAAGGAUAUAACAGCUAGAUUGCAAAAUAUUGAGGCCAGAAUAAGUAAGUUGGGCCUGAUCAAUUUGACUAUGAGAACUGUAGAAAAGUUUCGCAAAGUAGCUGCAGAAAGAUUGUCCACUACUUCACCUGAACAUCAUGUCUAUGGUAGGGAAAACGACAAAAAGGCUAUUCUUAAGAUGUUGCUCACUGAUGAAAGCAAAGAUGAGUCAUACUCUAUUAUUCCCAUUGUAGGAAUGGGAGGAUUAGGCAAGACCACUCUCGUUCGGCUUGUUUAUAAUGAUGAAAAAUUGAAGGGUAUGUUUGGAUUAAAAGCAUGGGUUUGUAUUUCUGAGGAAUUUGAUAUUUCUCGAAUAACAAGAUCCAUUUUGGAGCAAGUAACUGGGGAAAAGUGUGAUUUAGAAGAUCUUUCUUCACUUCAAGACAAAUUGAAAGAGAAGUUCUCUGGCCAAAAGUUUUUACUUGUACUAGAUGACAUUUGGAAUGAAAAGUAUGAAUUGUGGGAUAAGUUGCAAAGGCCUUUCUUGUCAGGAGCAUUUGGAAGUACAAUAAUCAUCACAACUCGAGACAAGAAUAUUGGGAAAAUGAUGAAGGGAACUGAUAAAGUUUACAGUUUAGCAUUGCUAGAGAAUGAUGCAUGUGUAUCAUUAUUUGCUCGUCAUGCACUAGGGGUAGAAAACUUUGAUGCCUACCCAAAUCUCAAAGGAGUAGGUGAGAAAAUUGUUGAAAAGUGCAAAGGAUUGCCAUUGGCUAUAAAAACCCUUGGUGGCCUUUUGCGUGGUAAGCUACAUCUUGAUGAGUGGGAAAACAUAUUAAAUAGUGAGAUAUGGGAUUUACCAGAACAUAGUAGUGACAUUCUUCCAGCUAUGAGAUUAAGCUAUAAUCACCUUCCUUCUCAUUUGAAGAGAUGCUUUGGCUAUUGCUCUAUAUUUCCUAAAGAUUAUGAAUUUGAUGAGGAUGAGUUAGUUUUGCUAUGGAUGGCCGAAGGACUUUUGCAACAACGACCACAAAGAAUGAGGCAAACAAAAGACCUUGGGCAUCGGCACUUCCGUGAUCUAUUGUCGAGGGCUUUUUUUCAACAAUCCAGUAGAGAUGAGUCAUUGUUUGUGAUGCAUGACCUCAUGGCUGAUUUAGCCCUUUAUGUUGCUGGAGAAACAUGUUGCACCCUUGAAUUAGAUGGAAAAAUAUCAAAUGUGAACUUUCAAAGAGCCCGUCAUUUGUCAUUAUUUCCUUGUAAAUAUGAAGUGUCAAAAAGAUUUGAAUUCCUAGAGAAAAAAAAGAAUUUACGUACAUUCCUACAGUUGAGGAAUUCUAACUCAUGGUAUUGGUCUUGUUUCUUAUCCAACACAGUCUUGCAAGAUUUGAUGAAAAAUCUAAAAUGUUUAAGGGUGUUGUCUCUUCCAUAUUACAAGAUAACGAAGCUCUUUGAUCGGAUUGGAGACUUGAAGCAUCUGCGAUUCAUUAAUUUGUCUGGUACAGAGAUUGAAAGUCUUCCUGACUCAGUGGGUUAUCUUCCUUACUUACAAACAUUGUUGUUAAGGAACUGCCGAAAGGUUUCCAAGUUGCCUACCACUAUUGGAAAUCUACUUGACCUCCAACAUCUUGAUAUAGCUGGGACAUCAUCUUUAAAAGAGAUGCCAUCAGAAAUCAGCAAGUUGACAAGUCUUGUGACAUUGUCAAAAUUUAUUGUUGAAAAUGCCAAAGGACCAAGACUACAGGACUUGAAGAACUUGUCAUGUCUUCAAGGCCAGCUUUCCAUUUUGGAUUUACAAAAUGUUUUGGAUGCUAAUGAUGCAAAGGAGGCCAAUUUGUCUGAGAUUGAGGGAUUGGAUGACUUAUCCUUGGAAUGGUGUUCUGACUUCCAUGACGGUCGAAAUCAAAGCACUGAAAUGCAGGUCCUCAGAUGGUUAAAACCUCAUCAAGUAUUGAGGAGUAUGGUCAAUCUCACCUCCCUCAAAACAUUGAGUAUAAAAAAAUUUUCUAAACUGACUUGCCUACCCAAGAGUUUUGUUGAGUCCAUGAUAUCUCUCAAGGAUAUAGAGAUUGUGUCUUGCACUGAACUUACUUGUUUGUGGGAAGAGGGAGUCAAUAUCCUAAACCUUGCAUGUGUUGAGAAGAUAGAAGUCAAGGAGUGUGAAGCACUAGAUUCCUUGCCUGGUGAGAUAAUGAUGUUGUUGCGACUUGAAGAAUUAUCUAUUGGUCAAUGUCCCGCUUUCCGAAUGUUUCCAAGAGGCAAGUUACCCACCACGCUUAAAGUCUUGAAAAUUUGGGAAUGUGAAAAGCUAGAGUCUCUACCAGAAGGAAUAUUGAUGAAUAAUGGUCAUGCAUAUCAAUCGUCACAACUUGAAGAAUUAGAGAUUGCCAGCUGUCCUUGUCUGAAAUCUUUUCCUAGUGGUCAGUUACCCAAUUCUUUUAAAAGGCUUUGUAUCAAUAAUUGCAAGCAGUUGGAGUCUCCACCUCAAAGGAUGCUGCAGUAUUGUACGGAACUUAAACGGAUAAGUAUUUAUGGGGGUGAUAUGAAAAGUUUAUGUUUUGAGGACAUGCAUGGGCCCACUUCUUUAUGGAUAGGCAAUUGUGAUGGUUUGGAGUCGUUUUCCCUGUCCACCUCCAAUCUUAAAGAUUUAUUCAUAUCAGAUUGCAGGAAUCUCAAGUCUUUGCCUAACAAGAUGCACGACCUCACAUCUCUCAAUGGAUUAUAUAUAAGCAAUUGUCCAGGGAUCAAGUGCAUUUCAGACAGUGGUUUGCCUCCAAACUUAACAUGGCUUCAAAUUUAUGAGUGUAUAGGGAUCAAGUCCAUUCCAGGCGGUGGUUUGUUUCCAAACCUAACAGAUCUUCAAAUUUUCGACUGUCAAGGGAUUGAGUCCAUUCCAGACCGUGGUUUUCCCCCAAACCUUAGAAGUCUUACAAUUGAUUGCAAGAAUCUGAAGAAGCCGAUGCAGGAAUGGGGCCUUAGCAGAAUCACCUCUCUUUUAUCCUUGGAGAUUUAUUGGAUAUGUCCUGAUCUUGAUGUGCUUCCCACUUCUCUAACCAGACUUGUGGUAGGUAAGGUUGAAAAUAUGAAAUCCAUAGCUAGAGGGCUCCUUCAAAACCUCAACUCUCUUCAAGAUUUAACAAUCAAGGAGUGCCCAAAGCUGCAGUCGUUGCCAAAGGAAGGCUUGCCUCCCUCACUUCAAGAUUUAUACAUUGAGAAUUGCCCCAACUUGCAAUCCUUGCCAAAGGAAGGCUUGCCUUCCUUGCUUGAACUAAUCUGGAUUGAAAACUGCCCGUUGUUGAAACGACGAUGCAUGGAGGAGAACGGAGACUAUUGGCCCCUCAUAGCACGCAUCCCCUGCAUUGUAGUUCGGGAUGAUGAAAGCCACACAAGUUCAGAGACAAAACAAAAACUUUGUUUAUGCUUCAAAACAGGAUAACAGUCAAAUGAAUUCAAAUCUAAAUAAAAGUGCUCUUAUCUUGAUUUGAAGAAGAGGCAUCAUAGAAGAAGGGUUAUGCUGAAGCCUUUAGUAGAUUUGAUUAUGAAAAGGUUGGUGCCUGCAUGAAAGGUAUGUUCUGAGAUAUGAUUAAUUUUUGGAAGUUGGAAUCCUUUUCCUAGCUUCAAGUACCUUGUUUCUUUUUUCUUUCUUUCUAUUCUCAAUAAAUUGGAGGCAAAAGGCAAGACAUUCUAAGGGGAUUUUUCUACAAUCUAGAAGAGGAAAAAGUUAUAAUCUGUGGAGAUAUUGCUAAGCUUGUGGCAGAGUUGUACUUGAAAUGCAAAUAACAAAAUCAAUACAAAUCAGUCUUGUAGACACAUUGUAUGAUUUCUCUCUUUACAUUUUUGGGAACUUGUUUUUUGUUGUUUAGGCUAAGAAUCGAUAUGAAAAUAUAGACAUCUGACAAGCUUGUAAUCUUAUUCUUUCUGGCUCAGAGCAUGCUCUUCUGCAAAAGUUUCUUCUUGCUGGAAGGAAGACUUAUUGUGCAUUUCAAAAUUAAAUUGGAAGGGCAUAUAGAACAGCACAUUCGAAUGGGAUUUUUCUUGAAACUGGAAGUGGAAAGGUUAUAGUCUACGGUGAUAUUGCCAAGCUUGUAACUAGAUUGUGCUUCAAAUGCAAAUAACAAAAAUAAUAUAGUUUAGUCCUCUAGAUACCUUCUCAAGCAUGCCCUUCUACAAGAGUUUCUAAUUUGAAUUGCAAGUGUUUAUCAACUUGGCUGAGUCAAGAAAAAGAGUAUUUGAGGGGUACCUUUUGUUAAGAAGCUUGAGCCUCCUUCAAAUGAAAAAAGUUUGAUUGCUGCAGAUUAGAAAGUUGCUAUCUCAGGUUCCCAACACUUUGAGAUUUGACCAGCGCGUCCUAUGUACUAAAUUUUCGUCUUGGAGAGAGUAACUCAAUUUUCUCCUACAUUGUGACCUUGUGACCUCUGCUUUUAUGCUUUGAAAGAGACAAAGAUUAGUUGAUCUGCCAUUUCAUUUUUGUAUUCCAAGUUUGGCAAUGGCACAAAUUGUAUUUAAGUUCACAAGUUUCUACUUUGUGGGUCGAUAUAAGAUUUCUCACUUAACAAUAAGGAAGCACAACAUUGGGCGAAAAGCUUAUUUGUGUCCUAUCAGAAUAAUUUAUUUUAGUUGGAACUUGAAGAUUUUGGCAUUUUAAAGCAGUAUUUAAUUGGAAUUUGAGCUUGAUGAUCAUGAUGAUAACUUUAUUUUGUUCUGUCUAUGCUUAUCAUUAUGCUGUUUUUUAUUGUUUUAAUGCAUAUUUAAAAAGAAGAAAGAAUAACAGCAGUACGAUCAACAACAAAUGCAGAAGAAUAGAUUUGUAUCUUGAGU